CACCUUUUAUCAGUGGCUCCACACGGUGCAGCGCCGAUAAGGAGACAAAUGCGACUGUGGCCGCGCCGAAAGUUGUUAGUUAUCCGCCUGAAAGCACCAUGGAUAAUCCGUGCGGGCUAUGAACUGCGCCGAAAUGAUGCGAUCAAAGAGCUCUAGCAAACCGAAAGAUGCGAUGCGCCUAAAAUCAGAAGAUAUCGGCGCCCCGCUGAAUUUCAAUCACGUCGUCCAUGUCGCGCCCCGACCGUUGGUCUCCGUCAAUUUGAACGAUCCUCACAUCCAGGCCUUUCUUCAGCAGGCUGGAGUAACUGAAGAUCAAUUGUCAAAUUUGGCUGUUUACGAGACUAUCGUCAAUUUCAUUAAUGUUCACGGCGUGGAUGAAGUUAAAAAAGAAGUGGCGGAUCAGCAGGUAGUCGGUCCUUCAAAACUAGCACCUGUUGAUACUGUUGAUAGCGCCGUACCAGCAGAAAUUGCAUUGGAAAAAAUUGACGUGCAAGAUUUUCAAGGAGAGGAUGAAACGAAAAAGCAAAAAAUAGACGCUAGUCCGAGCUUCAUUUCUCGUAUUUUCAAAGGGAAGAAAAAGUCAUCAAAUGUUUCUAUUCAUGCUAAAGAAGAGAAAGAAUUGAAAGAGGCAUCAACCAGCCAAAUUGUGACGGAGGCCGUUGAAACUUUGGAUAAAGAAGUCGAUGAAGGUGUGAAACUGUUGGCCGUUGAAGAAGAAGGAAAAAAGGGCAAGAAAAAGUUUUUCUUUAGUAAAGAAAUUAAGGAGGAAAACAAUCAUCCGCCGGAAGAGAAGUCAGGAGGGUCUUUUUUCAGCUUGAAUUGGGGGAGGAAAGAGAGCGACGCGAAAAAACGAAAGGCCGAGGAAACGGCCGAGCCUAAAAAAACCGCUGGAAUUUUUAAAAGAAAUUUGAAAAAGACCAGGGUCGGAAGUACAACAAGCAGUAGCAGUGAAGACGAUGAGACGAUCAAUUUAAAACCAGACGGCGAUGAGGAAACCAUUGAGACUGCACCUGAAGUGCUAAAGCCCACUCCGAUAGAAAAAAAGCGCAACUUUUUCAGGAACAAAACGAAGAAGUCGGCGUCGGUCGACGAGCUGCAGUUGGAAAAAAAGCGAUUCGAUAACAUUGAAGGCAAAGAAACAAGCAGCGACGACGAGGGAAAGAAAAUUUCUUCACUUCAAAAACAAAAAAAGGAGUUGUUCAGAAUCAAAGGGAAGAACGCUGUGUCCGUUGACGUACACCAAGAGGUAGUCGCUGAAGAGGUGGAAAGAAUUGAGAACUCGCCAGUAUACGCCCAGGUACAGAAAACGUCUCGGUUUUUCGGACAGAAAAGUAAACGUGAGUCAUCGGACAGUUACGACAAACUGGAUAAUCAGGAAGAAUUUGAUGAGGCGUUCAAGAAAGAGGCGGAGAACGCUUCCAAAUUAAACAUUAUUCCUAACUUGACCAAAACGGACAGUUCUCAAAAGAAGAAGACGGACGGCGAGAAGACGUCAACUUUGGACAGGCACUCCACUGGAAGUGGAUUCUUCAAAUUUGGGAGUUUGAGGUCAUCAAAAAGGGGAUCUGCCCCAGUGGAACGUGUCCCUGAGGCGCCGAUAAGCACCCUUCCUGAGGAGAAUAAACACAAAGUGAAAAAGUACAAGGUCCAUAGAAUUGCACAAAUGUCUAGCGCCUCAUUGAACACGCAGUCAGCGGGUGAUGUCACUUCUUCGGACGAGCACUCGGACGGAAAGCAUAAGGCAAAGCGCAGACCUAGAAAGACAAAGAAAGGCAACAAACCUGAGACAGGGUCAGACGCCGAAUCGCCUCCUGGAAUGUUCAGACGGAUUUUUUCAAGAAGAUCUGCUUCAGAAACCAGAGAAUCCAAAAAGCAGGACCGCAUCAAGAAGCAAAGAAGGAGCAGUUUAGACGCAACUCCCGUCAAAGAAGAAGAAGUUAAAAUUGAAGAAAAUUUGAAAGAAUCUGUAGAAGUUCUGCAAGAUCCUAUUUAUGAGAAUUUCCCACCAAAAGGAGAGGAGGACGAAAAGAGCAAAUCAACAGACGAGGAGGCGGACGAGUAUUACGCGCAAUACCACCAGGAGAAAAAGCAAGUCAAUCAGGCACGAAGGUCGUGGUCCUUUGUGAUGGCCGAACUGAAGGAAAAAAUCACCUCAUUCGACGAGGAAGAUCUGGGCGAGCCAGAGAGACUGGUGUUUCAGUUGAAAAUGGUCGGGGAUGAGGAGGGCAUCGAAGGCGAGAAGUACUCCACCGUCCGACUACAGCAGAUGAAGUCAGACCCUUCAUUAGCUGACAGACGAAGUUCUACCUCCUCAGAGGACGAGCUUGAGAAGAUCAAACGGUCCGUGGAGAAGUUAGACAAUGAUUAUUUUGAACAAAAAGAUGUAAAAGAGGUUUCAGAGAGUGUUUCAGUUAUCCAACCUAAGGUUUCCAAAGAAAUUCUACCAACUGAAGAAACCGAGGUUAAAAUUGAGGUUGAGAAGCCUCCCGAAGACAAAUCUGCAAUUCCAAACCUUGAAAAAAUCAGACCGACCCUUCCACUUCCCAUCAGAGUCAAAAUGUCCGACGCUUCCUCUUCGUCUGAAGACCAGCUGUCUCCUGAUCAGAUCACAUCUCCCUCUUCGUCCGGACAAAACCCACUGUCUCCGUCCGAUGCUUUGGAAACCGAUUCUCGGGAGGGCAGUGUCCGAUCCCCUUUGUCCUUGGAUUCUCUGGACAGCAACCAGAACACAAACAACAACGAGGACGACGUGCAACAAGAAGUGAUCUUGAGGAGCAGUCUUGUCCGUCAGGGUAGCAGUCUGGUGUCCAACUCUGAGUCAAGACCACUGUCCGACCGCCAGCUGAAGAUCGCAGAUACCAUCGAAGUUGAAGACGAGCAACCCCCUGUUAUUAGACAGGUGGUGCCCAAGCAGUCAGGCCGUCGGUUGGAGCGUGGAAGUCGAGUGUCCAAGCGUCCGACCUCAUCCAUGUCGUCUUCAAACGAGGAGAGUGGCUCCCUGCCAAAUUCUCCUGUCCAGAAAGAGCCACAGAAACCAUCAGUGCCGGUAGUAGAGGAACCAAUUAUUCGAAUGAAGGUGCGCAGGACUUCUUCAUCGUCGUCCGAUUCAUCCUCCAAGGGGGACAGCAUACCAUCGUCUACGGAGGACCUCACGGUCAAGCAGGGUAGUGACAAGGAGAACUUGCAAACGCGCAGGGAAUCUAUAAAUGAUGACGUCUUCGAAACAGAGUCAUUGACGUCCAAGCGUACGAGCGUGGAAAGGAAUGCAAGCUAUCAUCGUGCAGUAGAGAAAUCCGGCAGCCUGCCACUCCCGCGGAAAAACGGCCAGCCAGGAAGGCGCAGCUCAAGUAACGCGUCACGCAUCCCGCGGCCUAUUCUGAAGAAGCCAAGGCGGCGCACGGUGGACAACUGGCCCUCCACACACAAAGUCACUGAACUGUGAUAAAAAAAAAUCAAAGAGCUCCUGCUUAACUGCUGCUUAAUUUCUUAGUUGCUUUUAAUUUCAUUUAAUCUGUAGUCUGUGCUGUGUGUUGCUACAUGAAUCAAAAUAAAAUUUAAAACUAAAAAUUUUAAAUGGAAAAAAUAUUUAAUUUUUAUCGUAAUAUAUCUACAAUAUGUCUAUUUACGCAUGAAAAAUAGUAUAUCUUCAUUUUUAAAAAGUUGGU